CUUUUGGACAAAGUUAAUGAGGAAACAUUAAUGGGGGCCGCGCCAGUAUUUAUAGUGCUGACACUGGCCCACCGUCCCAUCGCACCAGAUUCCGGGUAACCCUCGCUUGGGACCUGGAAAAAUCAUGGAAAAUAGGGCCCCAACCACGGUUCAAUUGUAAACAACAGACAUCUACCUGGACCAGUGUCGCCAUUGCAGUCUCGUAUUGUUCGGAAUGUCUCUCUUCGGGCAAAAUAACACACAGGCGCUGAACACCGCCUCCAGCACCGGUUUCGGCGCUGGAUUUGGUGCUCUGAUUCAGAGCAACAACACCUCCACCGCACCAGCCAAACCUGGCCUCAGCCAAACCAAUCCCAGCACGAGCACCACCUUGCCCACAUCAAUCAACUCGGGGUCUUCCUCCAAGCUCUUGAAAGAUUUGUUGGAAUCCGCCCACAACUUGCCCAAAUCAGAUAACCUUGAACUUGGAUCGAUUCAUCUUACCUUGAACGAAUUGCAAAGAAAGUCCCAGCUUUUAAGAAAGAACGAUGGCUCCAAAGACGUAAACUACACCAAGGCACACUAUUUAUUGGCCUCCAGUGGUAUCAACGCCGAAGAAAUCGAAAACGAGCUUGGUUCCAUCCAAUUACCUCCUCCUACGGAUGCAUCUGCCUCAACAUCUGCACACUUGACCAGCCAUGGUGCUACAAGUCUUUCGCCAUACGACAACCUCGAAAACUACUUGGUUUCUAAGAAGAACGAAAACAUUUUGAACACCAUUGAACAGUCAUUAACAUUGGCCUCCAAAGAUUUCGACAACUUCAUCAGUUCAAACAUCUCAAUUGACUGGAAAGUCAGAAGGGACGAAUUGAGAAAAUCUAUUGGAUUGAGAACCAAUGGCAACAACACUCCUCAGGCCUUGAAAGACUCUAUUACUUGGAACCAAUCAGUCCCUGGAACCUACAGCAUGUUAGCACCAAUUAAUAGUAAGGGUUCUGCUUCCGUUAAACAAAUAUCUAGAGAUAAAUUUGAAAACCAUGCCAAGAUCAUCUACCAAUUAAACGAGGCCAGAUCAGAAAGCUCCAACUUCCUGUACGGUUUGAAUUUAAUCGAAUUGUCCAAGUUCCAGAACGAUUUGAAAUCCAAACAAACCGCAGAGGUAUGGAAAAUUCUCAUUGACUUGACCAACGAAAAAUUCUCGAAGACUAACCAAGAACAAAAGUACUUCCAGUCAUACCAAGGUUCAAAUGAUGACGAGUUAUCUUCAUUGCACAGAAAAAUCAUUAAUAAUAGUAAAGCAUACUUGGAGAACGAAUUUUAUAAUUACAUUGAGCAACUCUAUCUCAAAGACUCCAAGAAAUCGCCUCAAUUCACCCCUGCCACAAACUUGAACAAAAUCUCUUUCUUCAUUGAAAAGAUCAUCUUGAAGAAUGAUUCCGAACUGUUAUCCAAGACCUUAAAUGUCAACAAUACACCAGUGUGGGCUUUGCUUUUCUAUUUAAUAAGAGCAGGUUUGUAUAAUGAUGCCUUGGAAUUCACUCUCAAGAAUAAGGAUGUGUUCAACAAAUUUGAUUCUAACUUCCCUGUGUACUUGAAGAAAUUUGUGGAAAGUGAAAACCAUGUUAUUCCAUCAGAAUUAAAUCAAAGAUUGCGUGCAGAGUUUACCCAGCAGUUCCAAUUCUACAUCAACGACUCGACCACUGGGAAUGUCGAUGGUAAGUUUGAUGCUUACAAGUAUUCAGUUUACAAGAUUAUUGGAAAAUGUGAUUUGAACAAAAAAUCCUUGCCACAGUCCAUAAAUUUGAGCAUUGAAGAUUGGUUGUGGUUCCAUUUGUCAAUUAUCAAUGAAAAUCAAUUCAACAACGAAUCGCCUCUUGUGUUUGAAAACUACAGUUUGGUCAACUUACAACAUAAAAUCAUAAGUUUAGGACCAAAGAACUUUAACACUUCCUCAAACAAUCCAUUGUACCUCAAGACAUUGAUUUUGGUGGGUCUUUACGAAUUGGGUGUCCAAUAUGCUUAUGAACAAAUCAAUGAGUGUGAUGCUGUUCAUUUAGCGAUUGGAUUAAACUAUUAUGGUUUGCUUAAAACACCAAGCUUUUCUAACAAGGACGAGUUAUUAGUUAUUCAUAAUAACGAGUACAUGAUCAACUUCAGCAGGUUGAUUGGAUCGUACACAAGGACUUUCAAAAUCAGUGAUCCUAAGGUAGCCUGUCAAUAUUUGAUAUUGAUUGCACUUUCUAAGGGAGGAAGCUCAAGAGAGGAACUCGAUAAAUGCCAUGAAGCAUUAAGAGAAUUGAUCUUGGUAUCAAGAGAAUUUGGUAUGUUGCUUGGAGAGUUGAACUCUUCCAAUGGAGUAAGAGUUCCUGGUAUUUUAGAAAGACAAAGAUCACUCAUUGGGUUGGAGUCUUUGGAUUCUUACUAUAAACAAAUUAUUGAGAUCAGUGCCAUUAAGUGUGAGGAGGAUGGAAGAAUCUUCGAUGCUUUGUUGUUAUACCAGUUAUGUCAAGAGUAUGAUACUGUGAUUUCUUUGGUCAAUAAGUUACUCGCUGAAAUUUUGUCGUCCACUGAGUUGGAUAAGCCAAUCGUAGAAUUCGGCAACUAUGAGAUAUUCAACGGGUUCAAUGACGGUAGCAAUGGCAACAAUCAACCAAGAACUGAUACAGUGGAUAACAACAUAAUACUAUUGGCUAGACAGUCGAUGGAAAUUUUCAAGAACAAUGGCGUAAUCAUGCAAAAGAUCGGACCCCAAAUCAAGGAUACUUGCGACUUAUUGUUGUCAGUCAUAGAUAUUAGGGACAUAUUUUUGAGAAGAGAUUGGAAUAGAGUCAUCAACGAAAUUGCUAAGCUAGGAUUGAUUCCUAUUGAUGCCAAUGAUGACUUGGUGAAGAUCAGAAAAUUGACGGAACUAAUUCAAACCAACCACAUGGACGAUAACUUGAUUAAGAUCAUUCCUUCAUUAUUAAUUAUGAUCAUGUCCGCAAUCUCUCAAUUGAAUUACGAAAUUUUGACUAGGAGAUAUCAAGCAUUAGGCAACGAAAGGGAGGAGUUGGCGAGAUUGAAACAAAUUGCGAAGAACUGCAUGAUUUACGCCGGCAUGGUGCAAUACAAAAUGCCUAGAGAAACCUACAGUUUGUUGAUCAAUUUGGAGUCCCUGUUAUAAGAGGACUUCAGACUUUGAUGCCCUGGCAGCAGUAAAUUUUAUUCUGGAGAACCAUUCCAGAUGUAUGAAACAUGCCUUAGUAGAACUACAUAGAUCUAUAGCUCAUUUUUAGUAAUUGUACACGACCAAAUAUCUAUUGGAAC